CAUUCACCAUUCCACACUGCUCCCCGAACCCCCUUUUUCCCGCUCUCGCUGCCGUGGAGGGAUCUCUUUAAUUGCAUUCCAGAGGAAUUUCUCUUGCAGCUGGUGCUUCGACUGACAGGAACGAGUGGGAAUUGUGAAUGACUCUGCCUGGAGGAAGGAGGGAUUUUUUGGUAUAAAAAGUGAGAGAAGAGAAGAGAAAAUAAGUUCUUUUGGAAGCGGGGCACUGCAAGCUUCAACUCUUUUGUCAUUCGUCGCUUGCAGAUAAGGGACGACUCGUCCUCAUUUCUCACACGCUCUUUACUGCAUCGGUUUGGCUGUCUGGUGAGCUUGCGAGGCGCCGUAUGUAAAUAAAGCACAGUGUUUCUGUAGGCUAGGCUCACUGCCAGAAAGUGAGAAAGAGACGGCGAGAGAAAGCCCUGAAGAUUUUGCGGUGAGAAGCUCACCCUGACUGGAUCAACAAGUCUGAAGACGGACAGCUCCUCAAAUCAUCAGCGUGCGCAGGCGAAAGUGGGAGCUACAUGCGCCAGCAUUGGCGAGAGAGCAUUUAUGAGUGUGUGGUGAAGUAGAGGAAAGUCAGGCAACACAGCCUGGAGAAAGACUAUAAGACGGACUGUUCUUCAACGUCCUUUCACUCUGGACGUUUCACAUGUAUUCGUAUCAGUGUUUAUCUUGGUCACAGGCUAUGAAUGCAUCAGAAAUGUCUCUGUUAGAAGUGGGAUGUCUCUGUGUGACGUUAUUUUUCUUAACAGAUUGAGCAGUCUUUUUCCAGGAUUGGAUUUGAAUCGGAGAAGGGGGAGGACUUGGAUCUUGUGUCUCCAGUAUAUGCCCCCCCCCUGUCAUUUCUGCAUGGUUGAAGGACCCCUGCCCUGCACACGAAGACAACCGCCUGAGACUUUGUCUCCUCUGUGGUUUCUGGUCUUAAAAGUCUAAUUUGUUUUUGGGGUUUUCUUUUGUCUCGAUGGCUCUGCACUAGUGGAGUGAAGCUCUGCUGAAUUGAUCUUUUGUCUGAAUCUAGGGUUCUUCUCACGGUGCAAAAACCCUGCAGCCCCCCACUCCGACCCCUCUAAAAUCCCCUCCUUCCAUCUCUCCCACAUGAGUCCCCUCGUACCCUGCCUCCCUCCACUCCCACACACCACCUCGUCUUCCAUCCACAUGCCGCUACUAUCGCAGAGCAUGUGAGAGUAGUCUGCAUGUGUGCCUCUGUUUGCACGUGAAGAAACCGUAAGCCAGGAUUAGGUGCGUGGAGGGUGAUGCAUCGCUGGAUGCAUCUGCAGCUGACGGAUUCAGGAUCGGGAGGACCCAAAACCAUUCCUGAGGGAUUCCACAACCGCUUUAUAACCCGGGCAUCUGUGAUUGCGUGUGUGUGCAUUUCCCUGACUGUCGUAUGAAGAAAGAGGUGGAUAGAGACCGUGUCCUGCCAUGUCCAAAGUGUGACUGUGGUGGUGUAAUAUCAGAGCUGGUGACGGCACACUGCGUUUAUCCAGGCUCAUCAUGAAAAAAACACGCAGCACCACUCUGCGCAGGGCCUGGCCCAGUUCCGAAUUCUCAGACCGGGCCUCUGAGCGCACUCGGUCACGGAGCGAGAAAGACUACCGGCUCCACAAACAUUACCCUAAACACUUCAUCUCGCACUCCCCUAGAGGAUUCAUGAUAACAGGUGAUGUGUCUCCCAUCAGCAUGUCUCCCAUCAGCCAAUCCCAGUUUAUCCCACUGGGAGAAAUCCUGUGCCUGGCCAUUUCUGCCAUGAACUCCGCCCGUAAGACUGUCACGCAAGAGACUCUCAUCGAACACCUAGCAACAUGCUUCCCAGGCGUCCCCACUCCAAGUAUGGAGAUUUUGCGGCACACGCUCAACAUGCUGGUCCGAGAGCGGAAGAUCUACCCCACCCCAGAGGGUUAUUUCAUUGUCACCCAGCAGACAUACUUCAUCACACCUUCCCUCAUUAGGACUAACAGCAAGUGGUACCACCUAGACGAAAGGAUACCAGAACGCGUGCAGCAGCAGCAGCAGCAGCCAUGUACCUCUCCUCAUUCGGGUACAAUGACACCCUCCACAUCUGGAUGCGUCCGGGAAAGAACUCACCACAAGAACCACAGUGAUUCCUACAACAACAGCUACCGGGAGGACAUGCCUAGCACACAUACCUCAACCUUACAGAGAAGGUCUAAGGAGCAUAAAGAGGUUUCUCCUGUGUCUCCGCCCCCUCAGCAGCCAUCAGAGAAGAGUAAGAGUGCGCUUAGUUUUCCAUUUAAAACAGAGACAAACAGUAAACACAAAGAUGGAAGCAGCAGCAGUGGGGAGAAGCAGUCUAAGAAGUUUGGACUGAAGCUCUUCAGGUUGAGCUUCAAGAAGGACAAGACAAAACAUCUAGCCACGUUUUCCGCCCAGUUCCCACCUGAGGAGUGGCCACUGCGAGACGAGGAGACACCAACCACCGUUCCCAGAGAGGUGGAGAUGGAGAUCAUCCGUCGGAUUAACCCAGAUCUCACGGUGGAAAACCUUGCUCGCCACACAGCAGUAAUGAAACGAUUGGAGGAAGAGAAGGCACAGAGGAACAAAGCGAACUCCUCGGCUCAGCAAAGUGCACGCAGCAAGAGGAGCCGCAGCCACCGAAAGACCCAGCAGAGCAAGGCCUCACGUUCACAUAGCAAAACACGAGCGUCCAGGGGGGAUCCAUCUGAAGGAUCCAACCUGGACAUAUCCUAUGACCGGGAUUACAGAUUCUACAGCUCCUCAUUAGUACGUUCUCCACGCGAAACCAUGAUGUCCAUGGAGCGGAAUAGGGGGAAGUAUAUGGUUCACAGCAACCCCAAUAUUGUGGAGUCUCACUUUACAACCGCUCCAGAGUGGGAUGUUUCUGGGGAACUGGCAAAGCGACGGACAGAAAUGCCAUUCCCAGAACCCUCUAGGGCACAGUCACAUUCCAAAGUCCACCGAAGUCAUAGUCAUACACAAGAGAGAAAGUCACGAAAUGAGAGGUCAGACAAGGCCAAAGAAAGGUCACGCUCCAUGGACAACUCCAAGGGACCUCUUGGUGGUCCAUUUUUAGGUGGCCCAGAGGAAUUUGAGUGCAGUCCCGAUGACAGGAGUCGGUACUACACUGACGAUGGUACUUUGAGGGCAUCUGCGCAGGCGACCCACUAUUCCCGCAUUAUGCUCUCUGCUGCUAGAUUACACUCUGACAUUUGUGUGCCUGAUGUUGGAAGAGGAUCCUCAGAGGAUGCUGUGCUUUACCGGACGCUGGAGAAGAGUAAAAGCAGGGAUAGUCUUCCUGCUUACAAUGACCUGAAGUCUUGCUCUCCCAAAACACCUGCGGAUGACUAUUUCCAGUGUACUGCGGCAAAUGAAGUCUCUCUUUCUGCCCCAUCGUCUCUUGUAAAACCCAGCCAUGACUUUACGGAUAGUGUCUGGAAGGGGAUCUCCUCUGACCGACUGACCCCUCAUCUACCACCACCUCACCCUAUAGAAUAUAAAGAGGAGACAGCCAAGGGACAAAGUAGUAUUCCUAUAGCGACAACGAGCCAAACUCCUGAGCACCUCCCCAAUGGACGAUUGUUACACCAACACAAUCCCGACUCAGGUGACUUGGACAAAAUGCCAGAGGUUUACAGCCAAGAGACUUUGUUUAAACCUCCAGACUAUGUGGAGAGCAGCUUCUCAAGGCCAGGUACGAUAGGUAAGUCCCCUCACACCAAGUCAGCAGAGGUCCUGGAGACUCAGGAGCAUUUUGAUAAACCUCUACCACUGACCGUGCCACCAUCCUCGGCUCAGGAGCAGGCUUCAUGUGCAGAAACCACCUUUGACUAUUACAAUGUGUCGGAUGACGACUCUGAGGAGACAAGUCAUAAGACCCGAGUGGAGGAGAAAGUUCUAGAAGAGGGAGGGACAAUGCAAUGGCUGCUGGAACGUGAGAAGGAGCGGGAUUUGCAGCGGAAGUUUGAGAAGAACCUUACCUUUCUAAGUCCCAAGGAAGGUGAGGGCAACAACAGCCAAAAAUCAGUCCAUUCUACCCGACUGGACAGUAUGGACUCCAGCAGUGUGACUGUGGACAGUGGAUUUAAUUCCCCACGCACACGGGAAAGCCUUGCUUCGAACACCUCGAGUAAUGUGGAAAAUAGCAGGCGUCAGAAUAUGGCUUUGAGUCCAGGACACAUUGGCACCAAAAGACCCCCGCCUCCCUACCAGCCCCCCAGCUUUCGUACCAUCCGUGAGCCGCCCGCCAACCGCACGGAGAAACAGGCCUCCAUCACCAGUGUCUAGUGAUGGGGACCGUUAAACUGAACUUCACCAGGACUGUUACAAUCUUACAGGCUGGACCUUCUGAGCUCGUGUGACGCCUGUUCCAGCUGUAAUUUCAAAUAGAGAUGUGUUUCAAAAAACGCAGUUCAUCAUGAUCACUGGAGGUAUCUUUUACUCUUUUUUUUUUUUUUUUUUUUUUUUUUUUUUUUUUUGAUAUUUGUAACAAAUACUGCUGCAGACAAACACGUCACUUCAUUAGGACUAAAUUUACGAUGAUCUGCAGUCACGUUUGGGAUAAAAUCCUUGAUCAAACUUAGGUGUCCUUUAUAGCUUAAUGUAUCCACUACGGGUCUUAACUGUCUUCUGAUCCAAACUUGGCUGCGUUGCCUCUGCCUAUUCAUUCAUCGCUGCGUCUAGCGUUUCAUUCUGUACGCUCAGGUCCCUCUGAACUCUGCUGACUUACUGUCUCAUAUUUGCUGGCCGUAACUUGAAGGCCACGAUAAUCUCCUUGGAAAUCUAAACAAGCUCAUCUGUUUCCGCUGGAAUCGUUUCACUGCAUCCUUGUGUAUCGUCCACUGUCCUGGGAUUUUUCUGGGAUGUUUGUAGUUUAUUGAAACUUAACAAAACAUACCACCAUCAAGGCAUUAUUUGUUUAGAAAAAAAAUACCAAUUUAAAUAUUACUGGUGCUUUCUCAAUGAAUGGACCGUUAUUCUUUAAAAAAAAGAAAAAAAAGUUGGAAUCCAUUUUUUUUUUCUUUCAAUUUUCUCUUUUAACCAGGUGCUCAACUACUAGACAACACAGAAUACACACAUUGCUACCUCCACUAUUUGUACAGUCGUAGAGGGAGACAAGAGUGACAUCCACCCCCCACCCCAGGUCCACUGUAUUAGACAAACCACUAUCAGCUUGCAAACUGUGAAUGUACUGCUAGUGCUUUUCAAUCACAUGUCGAUCAUAAAGCGUUAGUAACCUACUGUUCUCAUACUAUUAGAGCCGAAUCUCAUUGUAACAGAGAGGAGACUUGUGUAGAGUUUGGAAUCAUAUAGGACCCAUAUAGAGUGGAUAAUUUAGAACUUCAUAUCUCUGAUAUGUCCAUUGUUAUGUUAUAUAAUAACAUAUACUAUUAUUAUUUGUUAUUAUGAUUACUAUUAUUAUUAUUAUUAUUAUUAUUAUUAUUAUUAUUACAAUUACUUUUUUCAGUUCUUUUAGUACACAAAUUCAUGGAAUAGAACAUAUUUUCUAUAUUUCACUGAUUCUUGAGAUGUGGGGCAAAACGUCAAUUUUAUCUGGUGAAUAGUUUUGAAAAAUUAUUUAAAGAAUAUAUAAUGUAAUACCGCUAAUGUAAAAAAGAUUUGUUUAUUCAGCAAGGAUUAAAUUGAUCAAAAGUGAUAAUAGACGUUUUUAUAAUAUUACAAAACAUUUCUGUUUCAAAUAAGCAGCACAACUUUUUCAACAAUGAUAUUAAAGGUACACUGUGUAACUUCUUUUUUGUUCAAAAUUAACAACAGUUAAAUGAGUCAAUACAUCAUCAAACCUUCUUCCAAAAUGUGUUUUUUGUCUUGAUUCACUAUGGUAAGCCUAUUAUAAGUGUUUAUAUUUUAGACCUGCUGGGUGGUUGUCGUGAGAAAUUGCAUACAUACGUCACUCGACCAUGUGUGUCUCAUCAUAUCUGUAAGUAGAGAAAAGUUUCUCUGCUACUUUGAAGCAUGUAUGGUGUGGGAGUGGCACAGGUUAGUUGUCACAACAAGCAAGAAAGUUUGACACGGAGCAGCUAAAUCUCCAAGCUCCAGAGAAUCACCCAUUUUAAAAAACGCCGAACAGAGGAGAGUCUGCUGGCAAAAAGACAAACAUGACAGCUCGUAAUAAAAUGAGAAUCAACAUUGGCUUGGCUUUUCGGAGAUGGCGACAAAUGUUGAUUUGAAAUGCUGUAAAAGUGAUGCAGAGAUGGCAUUAUAAAUAGUGCUGAUUAGGCACUUUUUUAACUGAUGAUCGGUAUCUGUCCUUAGCCAGAUCCUUAUAACGUCAUCUGUCACACAGUUGUCAUGCAGUAGGUGGCAGUAUGCUGCUUUAAGCAGCUUUGCCAACCACCAUUAAAAGGAAAAGAAGCUUUUGUGUGUGUGUGUGUGUGUGUGUGUGUGUGUGUGUGUGUGCGCGCAUAUAUAUAUAUAUAACACAAAUUCCCCAUUUGUGUAAUUGUGCUGUUAAAUGUUUUAGUGUGCUAAAUAUUCAAUGACUUGGAUCGGAUUGGAGACACAAAAAAAAAAAACGUAGGAACAUACCUAGUUUUUAUUACUCAACAGGCGAGUAAGUUAUUUUACUGAACAGAUAAAUUGCCAUGAACUUCAUUCAUUUUUAUUUCAUUUUAAAGCAUUAUCUAUUGUGAAGGGUCAUAUUCAUCUGCACACUCAGAACCGAAGCACAAACAAAACUUGUUUUGCACAAACAAAAAAUUUACAUGGUGUACCUUUUUAAGAAAUGUUUUUUGAGCACCAAAUCAGCAUAUUAGAAUGAUUUCUGAAGAAUAAUGUGACACUGGAUUGUAAUAUUAUACAAUAUUACAGUUUUUAUUAUAUAUAAAAUUAAUGUAGGUAAUUAUACUUAUUCCCUGACCAUAAUUUGCCAUCUUACAGAUUGUAAUAAAAUUGUUUGGGAUAGUUUUAGAUAAUUUCCUAUAGAGUCCUAUUAGCAACCUAGUAGCAACAGCAAAAAAAUAAAGUGGCUACUGCAAUUAACUUGUGUGGUUGUUUUGUCAACAAAAUAUGGUUAUGAUAGUGUCAUUUUCUUCCUACUUAAAGUUAAAUGCUAGAUUUGUCUGUUUUUAAUACAUAUUUGCCAUUAGUCAUUUCAAAUAUGUAUCAUAAAUAUUGACAAAUCUAGCAAAUCAUGUCGCAUCAUGACAGUACACAUUUUGUAACUGACAGCAUUGACCUGUGAAUGAGUUAUAUAUAAAUGAUUUAUAAAACAGCAACCAAGCCAAAGUAAAUGCCUCUGAACAUGUGCAAGUUAAUACAAAAUAAUUAUUUGAGGUAUAAAAUUUUGUUCUGUGUCCUGUUUUGUCCCAGUAUUCAAGAAUCAGUGACUUAAGUUUUUAAAUAAGUUAUUUAAUAAGUCUGAAAGAAUAGCUUCUUUUUUUUUUUUGUGAAAUGAUGUUCACUGCUCCAUUUAGUGAACGUCUGUCAUAUUUCAUCGGAGUACGAGUCCCCUCAUGAGUUCUAGAGGACUGUAAUAUGUCACGCUCUCGAAUAAAAGGAUAAACUGCAGCCAGGACUACCUUGUUAUACCAUUUUUGCACUAAUGCCUGUUCUCUGGUGACUGUAAAAAGAAAAAGGAAAAAAAUCAUCCGAAUGGAUGUUCUGUUUAUAAUGAACAUAUUUCAUACGAAAUACUGAUAGUCCAUGAAAUGUCUUCCCUAAACAUGAUGGAUUUCUUAUGGUUCUCAAUAACAUUGUUCCUUAUUGUGACAUUAUGUCAUUCUGUAAGAGAUGGCUAUCUGUCAAGCUAAGUAUAAAAACCUACAAGGGGGAUUUUUUUGGUAAAGUCUAUAAUAUUUAAAAAAAAAAAAAAAAAAAAAUCCCCAUUUGUGUAGUUGUGCUGUUAAAUGUUUUAGUGUACUAAAUCCCUCCCUUGGGGAUUGUGUAACUUUUUAAGACAAUAAAAUAACAUGACAUGUUUAUAACUGUGUAAUCUCUGUUGAGGUCAAUGCCAUGUUAGGUCUUUGGUGUCAUGUAAAUUGCAAAGCUUGAAGAAUAAUGGUCACAUUAAGGUAAACUACCACAAAUAACCACUAGAGAGCACUCAACAAAAUCUUCAAAGCAUUGACCUUGGACAAAACUUAUUCCAACUAACAAAUGUAAAAAUGACAAAAAUAAUUCCUGCAAGGUUCAGAGUAGUACAUGGUCAAAAUAAAAUUUCUGACUUUGGACAGCAAUGCAAAUCUUGAUCUUUUUGGCACAACUUAAACUUUAUCUUUCCCUCAAGAUCUGCAUUUUAUUUUAUAUAUAUAUAUAUAUGUAUAUAUGUGUGUGUGUGUGUGUGUAUAUAUACAUAUAUAUAUGGCACAAAAUGCAUUCAAUGACUACAUCUUUGAAAUUACAUUAAUUCUUUUCUUACUUCGACACAAAUGCCAAAACUCAGUGUACCUACAGACCAAUUUGCACAUGCUUACAUACUGUUUUCAAGAUUGUUAAACUUAAGUUCAAAACGAUAACAUAAUACAAAAUUUUAUAUGAUUAGCAAAGGUUUUCACCCAGCAAACACUUUGUCAGUUCUGAAAGAAUGAGUUGAUUUGAGACAUGAAUGAAGUGUUUUGGUAGAUUUAGUGCAUUUUGAAUGUGAAAGCAUCUAAUUAACUGUUGUGCCAAGAUGAAGCUGGUUAGGAAAACCAUGUGAAGAUUUUUGAAAAAGUGACCUAAGUAUUGAGAAAUGGGUCCUAGCAAUUUGUAAAAAAAAAAUAUUUUGUAAGAAUCAAAAGCCCAAUGUGUCAAAAGAAAUCAGAAACCUCUGAGGUUAACCGUAGUGCUCUUGCUUCAUUUCCUGUUGCGAUUGCUUUCAUCUUGGGUGUUUUGUGAAGUUUGAAAUGGCUGAAAUUUAAGACUAAUUUAAGCCUUUUCUAGAUGCAUAUUGCUCGAUUAUUGAACUUACAAAAAACAUGGCUGUUAUGACAGCAUAAAGCACAACGGACACAUUUGGGAGUUUAUUCAGCAAUACAUGUUUGAUAUUGCAUUUGAGAUACAGCUGGUUUGAAAAGUACAGUGCAGCAACUGAGAGAUUCAUCUUUUCUACCACAAAACAAACCUCAAAUCUUCCAUUGUGCGUUCGGAAGAAGCAUUAGCAACUUUUUCCCCUGCAUCCAAAUAUGCUCAAAAAUGAGGAAGAGGCACGCUUACAUUAACGGAAUGAUCACAAUAUACUGUGGAAAUUCAUAGUGUGCAAAAUGUAGAUUCCAAGACUAGUAGCUCAAAAAUAUUCUGUAAAAUGCACUCAAAUCUAAAAUGCACUGUUAAAAAUGGUUAAUUGCUAAUCUAUUCAGCAGAGUUGAAAGUGAACCACACAAAGCUCAAUUCAGUGUUUUGGAAUUAAAUUAAAAGUUAUAUAAUUAAAUACAGAAUAACAAAACUAAAGUAAAACACAAAAUAUUUAACUAAACUGCCUAUCUAAAAUCACAACACAUGUAAUGUUUGUAUCAGUAUCAUGGUAAACAAUGUGCUGUUAUCUUGUCCUCCUUUGCUAUUUGGUUAUUUGCUGUGUCAUCACUGCACAUGUGGAUCUGAGGUAAUGUAUGUUAAAUUCAGCUAUUCUGAAUGGAAUGGCUGUCUAGCAUGCAUGUAACAGCAAAAGGAAGGACUGAUAACUAAAGUACAUGACUGCAAGAGAAAUACUUCACAUAUUUGAGCUACUGAGAAUUAUGUGCUUAUAUGGAUGAAAUAUGUUCAGAAGAAUGUGUUUUGCACUAGUGUGUUCACAGGUCACAUGAUGACAAACUUCUGUACAGAACCAUCACAUGUUCAUGACUGAAAUGUUUCUGUAUCCAUGCUCUGUGUGUGUGUGUGUGUGUGUGUGUGUGUGUGUGUGUGUGUGUGUGUGCGCGCGCAU